AUGAUUCCCUACGGUGACAUGCUCAAGGGAUCAUAUGGAUGUCAACAACUUCAGCUAUCCUCCAUUGUCAGAGAUGUAAACUACAGCUGUGGUUCGUGCGGUUAUGAGCUGAACUUAAACUCCAGUAACCGCAACACUUGUCUCAUAGACUCAAAGUCCAUAAAGAGAGGCGUCAUUUCUUUCUUCUCUGUGGAUGAGAGCAGGUUCACUCAGAUCCGGCAACUUCCCUGGUCAUCUUGGAUACCCUUUUUCAACCCCAAGCGCCAACAAAGAACCAAGCUCCUUUGCCGCAACUGUGCCAAUCACCUUGGCUAUGCCUACACUUUGUCCUCCCAAUCCCAUUCCUGGGAUGGCAUCUCUGACGAUUCCAGAAUCUAUGAUAUCAAACUGACCUCUCUGUUACCUUCUUUCUGUGAGGAACCAACUCAAAGGUUAGAGGAUAUAGCCAAGUAUGAGAGUGCAUCGUCCACUAUGGUGUUCUAA